AUGUACAAAUACCUACCUCUCGCGUUGGCCGCCUUCGCCAGCGCCUUGCCAGCGCCUCAGUCCGGCAGCACUGUCGGUGCUCAACCAGACAAAAGCUCCGAGUUCUCUCUAGCUAUGACCGUUGACGGCAGCUUCGUCUCAUUGACUGCUGUCAGCAACGGAACCAGUGGAAGCAAGGUCCUGCAAGCUGGCAGGCUCAGUGUCUACCCAGGCUCCCCAGGUGAAGCCCCAUCAACGCUUCCCCCAAAUGCACCAUGAUGCUGACAAUCUCCCAGCCUAUCUCAACACCACCGGCGAGCACAACGGCUACUCCGCCAUCAACUUCGAUCUCGAAGACGGAAUCUACGGCGCUUCUCUCCCCGAUGCAGGAGACAACUACGGGCACGCUGCUUCGGCAACCGCAAUUCUCGGAUACCAGGAAUUCGAAUGGAUUGUGACGAACGGUACCGUCUCGCACAAAUUGGAUGCUGCGUUGAACAAAUUCUAUGGUAACGCAUCGCUGCUCCCAUUCGUUGCCUUUGGAAUUCAGACGAUCUAACGUGAGGGUAGCCUGCAAGGACACCGCUGCGGGCGAGGAGAAUUUCUUCCUCAAGUGGGGAACCGCCAGCACUGAUAGCCAGCCGCCUGUCAACUGCCAAUCGACCCAGCUUGUCCAGAAUUUCAACGUCGAGGGUGGUGCGAAGGGCUCGGACGCAUAG